AUGCUCGCAAUGCACAACACAAGCAUACAAUCCUCUCGUAUUCCGCAGUCUCAUUUCGCGCACAAUCACCAAUCAAGGCCGAAUUCGAGGACUGGCAGUCAGCACUCCAGCGGUUCGGUCACCCCGCGGCCGAAGCAGCGAAAUACCCACAAGAAGUCAUCGAGCCAACGCGCAGAGACUGAUGUCACCGAUUCCACACAGUCGAAGCCUAUGAAGCAACAGCAGCCGGGUCUUCUCACACUCAGCCAGCCCGUUGCUGCCAGCUCUGCUGAAAGUUCAAGCAAGCGCAAAGGCAAAGCUGCCAGCAAACCUGAUGCAGCUACAGCGAGUGGGUCCAAAGUCGACGUGCAUACCAAUGUUGCUCUGACAGACGAGAAAGACAAUUCCGGUGGCGCAUCGACCAAAAGCUCCAAACGCAAGAGCAAGAAGGCGCCUCCUCCCCGUCUCCUUGACAGCCACGGGAAAGACGCUGCGCUUUCAGCGCCGUCUGCUGCAACACCGCUUGCGUCCGCGUCUGUCUCCGAAAAGAAUGCUCUUGCAGAAGCCGGGAAUGGAGGAGGUCUGACUUGGCAGCAAGAGCUACUGAGUGGAGGCAAAGCACGCAAUGCAGAGACGGUGUCUUUGCGCAGCGUCAAGAAGAAUAAUAGCGUAAAGCGGCCGGCUGCUGCCCCUGCUACGAACGGGAAGGUGAAAUCUGCUGGAGCGAAGGACCUGACUUGGCAACAGGCUUUGUUCAAUCAGCCAAGGUCAUCUGGUCCUCACUACGAUUUCUUUGCGGAUGAUCGGGACGCAGCGACUUUUGGCUCUGGAGACGAGCGCGCCGUAUCUGCUCCGGCUGGGCGCAGACGUCGUGCGGACAGUCUUGGGGCCUCAUCGCGGUCUAAAGGCACAAACGCCAAGGGCGCCAAACGACCAUCUGCUCUCGCUGCCACCGACAACUUGCAUGUGGAUGAUGUCUUCGACAACUCGCGCUCGCCGGCUCGCUCUGCGCGGAAAGGCGUGAGUGUGAGCGCGGCCGCAGCGCCAUCAACAGCGCCGCGCACCCCAAAUUCCCACAAGAACAAGGGCACUUUGUUGGCUGCGCACCAAUCUCCUGUCAAUGGCAGAGUCUCUGCUUCGUCGCCCAUAUCGUCUUCGACGGCAGCUGCUGCUGUUGCCUACGCCGGGCCCAACUUUCACAACUCUCCAUCACCCAACAGUCUGCCCGCGCCCAAAUUCAAUUCGAAGUUGAGAAGCAGUGCCCUCGCCUCUGUAGGUCUCAAGGGCUCAUCGUCCGCUUCUGGUGGCGAGACGGAGAGUAGCGAGGACGAAUCUGGUGCGAAAACCAAUGGUGCAAUGCCGAGGCAAGAAUCACCCUCCCCCGAAAAGGAGAAGACCAAACACACGUCCAGUCUGGCGCCGACUUCGGCAAGUCGUGCUUCUGGAGCCGCUACCGAUCGGAGCGCUACCAUCGAGAGCCUGCUCGCUCGCAUGAUGGCGCCUCCACGCUCAGCGGGCAUUUGAGUUUCAUCAGACCUCUGCACGACGGCUUGCUUGAUUUACACCUACCUCUCAGUGCUGCAAGCGUCGACACCGACUCUCUAAUUUGACACGUCUCUUUAACCCGGCCCAUCCUAUUUCUAUGGGCACCUUGCCCUGCAAAUCAGGCUCGCCAACCUAUCUCUCAAACAUGCAACAUCAGUCACGCGCAAGUUCGAGCUCAGCACAACAGCACAGCAGGCCCUUGUUCCCAUUUUGUCACGCAUGGGGACUCUUUCCUCUUCUCGUCACGGCCUCUGUCAUGGUCACCGGUACAUCCACGUGGUGGCGACCGCUCGAAUCUCGUUGACUAUCUGCGUUCGAUUCCACAAUCUCACAACCUCAGCGCAAGUUUCGCCUUGAUGAUGAGCGCAAAUCAGCUCCUCAAAUCAGCUCGGCCUGCUUGCUUGUCCUCCUCACCUUGAAUUUCUCGCUUUCCCCAAC